AUGUCGACUCCUGCUAGGAAGAGACUGAUGAGAGAUUUUAAGAGGUUGCAACAAGAUCCUCCUGCUGGCAUCAGCGGGGCACCCCAAGACAACAAUAUCAUGCUUUGGAAUGCUGUGAUCUUUGGGCCAGAUGACACCCCUUGGGAUGGAGGUACGUUCAAGUUGACGCUUCAGUUCACAGAGGAUUAUCCUAAUAAACCACCUACUGUGCGCUUUGUUUCUCGGAUGUUUCAUCCAAAUAUCUAUGCAGAUGGAAGUAUAUGCUUGGAUAUUUUACAAAAUCAGUGGAGUCCAAUUUAUGAUGUGGCUGCUAUACUUACCUCAAUCCAGUCAUUGCUGUGUGAUCCAAACCCAAACUCUCCAGCAAAUUCUGAAGCUGCUAGAAUGUUCAGUGAAAACAAGCGGGAAUACAACCGUAGAAUACGUGAGAUCGUGGAGCAGAGUUGGACUGCUGAUUAA